GAGAGAGAGAGACCUCCUGGUUUUGUCAGUUUUUGUCGUGGGGUGGAGAUGGUCCGAAUCCAUCUGAAGAGUUGCCUCCAUGUAUAUGAGUUGGAACACCUUGUCAUUUGAUGGACUCGCCAGGACUACUCGUGCAUCUCCCUCUCCCUCUCUCUCCUUCUCCCCUUCGGUCGUUCUAUCUCCACAUUUGUGUUUUGAUUCAUCUUUUCUCUUUCUUCUACCCCCCCUUUUUGUGUUAAAACGGAAAGAGAAAAGGAUAUAGAGAGAAAGCAAUCAUAACAAGGACUAAUAAGAAAUAGAGAAUGAAUGGUCUUUCAUCUACUGAACCAGAUUAUUCUGAGUUUGUUGAAGUUGAUCCAACUGGAAGAUAUGGGAGGUACGACGAAAUCCUUGGUAAGGGAGCUUCCAAGACAGUUUACAGAGCCUUUGAUGAGUAUGAAGGAAUUGAAGUUGCAUGGAACCAGGUCAAGCUCUAUGAUUUCCUCCAGAGCCCUGAAGAUCUUGAGAGGCUUUACUGUGAAAUCCAUUUACUUAAAACCUUGAAGCACAAGAACAUCAUGAAGUUCUACACUUCUUGGGUUGACACUGCAAAGAGGAACAUAAACUUUGUGACUGAGUUAUUUACUUCUGGGACUCUUAGACAGUAUAGGCAAAAGCACAGGAGGGUUAACAUUAGAGCAAUUAAGCAUUGGUGUAGACAGAUCUUGAGAGGUCUACUCUAUCUCCACAGCCAUGAUCCUCCUGUGAUCCACAGAGAUCUCAAGUGCGACAACAUCUUUAUCAAUGGGAACCAAGGGGAGAUCAAGAUCGGCGACCUCGGCCUUGCCGCCAUUCUCCGCAAAUCCCACGCCGCUCACUGUGUUGGCACACCGGAGUUCAUGGCUCCAGAGGUGUAUGAAGAGGAAUACAAUGAACUAGUUGACAUAUAUUCUUUUGGGAUGUGCAUCCUGGAGAUGGUCACAUUUGAAUACCCAUAUAGUGAAUGCACUAAUCCGGCUCAGAUCUACAAGAAAGUUAUCUCUGGGAAGAAACCGGAUGCCCUGUAUAAAGUGAAGGAUCCUGAAGUUAGACAAUUCGUAGAGAAAUGCUUGGCCACAGUGUCUCGGAGGCUCCCGGCGAGGGAGCUUUUAAAGGACCCUUUUCUCCAAAUUGACGAUUGUGGAUCUGAUGUAAGACCAAUAGAAUGCUCGAGAGAGAUUGAUGAUGUGGGUCCUCUUCUAAGGCAGCCUCUCUUUCAACUCCAUCACAGCAACAACUCAUGGAUCAAUGGGUACUCCCAUGAACCCAAUUAUGAAACUGAGAAUGGAUGGGUGUACCACCCUGACGAGAUUGAACAUAGUGGGAUUGAACUUUUCACUUACCAAGAGGAUGAGCAUUAUACAGACGUUGACAUCACAAUCAAGGGCAAAAGAAAAGAGGAUGGUAGCAUCUUUUUAAGGCUCAGGAUUGCUGAUAAAGAAGGGCGUAUCCGCAACAUCUACUUCCCUUUUCACAUAGAGACAGAUACAGCAUUGAGUGUUGCAACAGAAAUGGUUGCCGAGCUGGAUAUUACUGACCAAGAUGUGACUAAGAUAGCAGAUAUGAUUGAUGGGGAGAUUGCAUCCUUGGUGCCAGAGUGGAGGCCGGGGCCAGGCAUAGAGGAAACACCUCAUUUUACAAGUGCAAACUUUUGUCAGAAUUGUGCCUCCAAUGUUUCUUCCACUGGCUCUCUUCUGGAUUAUCUUUCCUUGAACAAUCCGGGUGUCAAUUUGCAAGUACGUCAAUGUUCUCAACAUGGGUGUGCUGCUAUGCAUGGUCGGUUUGAAGAAAUCACAUACCAAGUGGAGGGGUCAGAGCACUGCAUUACAGAAGGUGCACCAAUGGUAUCAAGCCCAUCAGAUGGCCUACAGUAUACAGAUAUUUGGGCUCAUCAUGAACACACUGAAUUAAGUUCACAUGGAUCUGGAGGAACCCACUUUGAUGAGCACAACCAUUUGGAUCAUGCUAACAAUGAGAGAACAAUAGAUAUGGAGAACCAAGAUGCGUUUAAUGGAAGAAACUCCAAGCACCGGUCUCUUUCAAUAAUUCCUCCAGCUUGUGCCUUAACAGAUGACUAUGAGAAUGAGAUUAGACAAGAAUUGAGAUGGCUCAAAGCAAAGCAUCAAAUGGAACUGAGGGAACUUAGAGAUCAUCAGUUAGGUCUUAAGCCCAAAGUUUCAGGUUCUUCAACAGAUCCUGACAGCAGGCAACACAGAAAUGAUAAUGGAGUUACAUGUAAUCCAGUUUCAAGUCCUCUGCAAAGAGAUAAUGAUGAACUUCUCUUGAAAUCUUUUGCCUCCGAGAAGCAUUUUAUUUCUUAUUUCCCCACUCACAUUCAGAAGAGCUGCCCAAAUUCGGAAGUCCCAAGGGCCCGAAAUUGUGAGGCGAAAAAUGACUCCAGUCCAGAUCAAAUGGCGACUGCCAAAAGUUUUUACACUGGAUCACAGCUUCCAUACUCUCUUCACCGGACAACAUCCCUUCCAGUUGAUGCUGUUGACGUUUAAUUCUGUAAGGCCCUCUUUGAUUCUUUCACCAAGGUUACACCUGCACACAAGCUGUAUAUUUUGCUUGAUAAUUUGGUACUAGUCUUAAGCUCCACCUCUCUCUCCAUUGUUUGGGAAAAACCAAAAUGGAGGUGAUGGGACUUUGUGAUUAUGAGAAAAUAUGUAAAUUUUACAGCUUCUAGGUUCUCCAAGUUUGAUCACUUGGAUGAUAUUUGAGUCCAUGUACAUUAUCCAUUUAAAGCAUGAUAACAAGAUUCUUUUUUCUUCUUUGCC